GAAGAAUAUAGACAUUGAUUUACAAUUAAUGAUAAGGGUAAGGAUUUAGAUUUAUGGUUUUCAUUACGAACUGACAUAAACUAAAAUGCCCAAACGCUAUUUGGGCGAAUGGGUGAAUGAAUUUUACGCCAAAACCAGAGACUCGUUAUCCUAAAUAUGAUUGGUUCGCCCAUAGAUUAUUGUCUCGCUGUUCCUGAGGUAUAAACAAGAGAAAUGCACCUUCCAUCGUUCCAUUAAAUCGUAACAUGAAAUCUCAAGUCCAUGGAAAGUGUGAGUCAAUUUAACUGCAUAACACCGUUCAAGUUUGAAGACUUUAUAUGGCGCUUGUUUAGUUCGAUACAAACGUGUCGGCGACCUGACGUUUGGUUUCAACUAUGCCUGUUAGUAAGAAUGCAAAGAUCAGCCAGCAUGUUAAUUAUAGGAUUAGAUGUACCAUGCAAGAUGGCCGGCAACUAGUAGGGACGUUCAAAGCUUUCGAUCGUCACAUGAAUAUAAUAUUGUGCGAUUGCGACGAGUUUCGCCAAGUCAAAAACAAGACAGCAAAGCAAGACAAGGAUCGCCAGGAAAAACGGGCUCUAGGCCUUGUUCUUUUGCGAGGUGAACAUGUUGUUACUAUGAAUGUAGAUGGUCCCCCACCUCCUGAAGAUGCCGCCCGAGUUCCGCUCCCUACAGCAGGUGCUUGGUCAACUGGAGUUAAGCCAUUGACUGGUAUUGCUGUCGGGCGCGGCAUGCCCCUUGCGACCCCAGCAGCAGCUAUUGCCCCAGCUCCACCCGCUGGUUUAGGUGGGCCAGUUUGGGGAGUCGGAGCACCAGCACCGGGUCUGAUGCAGCCACGAGCGCUUCCUGGCAUGCCACCUCCACCUCCUCCCCCUGCAGGCGCACCAACUGCGGCGUUCGGUCGUGGAAUGCCAACUGUCACCGCUGUACGAGGAUAUCCUCCUCCUCCACCUCCACCUCCUCCUGGAUAUCAUUGAGACGCAAUCUGACUCAUGGUAUCUAUCCCAGAUAACCACUUAUUAUCGCGGAGAAGUUUUGUAAAAGCAUUUACUUGUUUCAAUAUACUUUUUUAAGCACUUUGACGUUCAUAUUUUCUAUAAAAUCCUUUGCUGUGGGUCGCUCCCCUCCUUUUACUAAUUGGAUUUCGUGACUGACACCAAUCAAGAAACGUGAAUUAUUUAUUAAAUAGGACUAAAGGUUAUCCAGCUUAAUAUUAGGGUUUUAAAAUUAGACUUGGUGGACAAAAAAGGUAUGGGACUGUUCUCUAAGAGAAGGAUGAAAUGACAGCCCUUAUUUAUAUAUAUUUUUUCUGUAAAAGCUCAGUUAUGUUUUUCAUUAUAUUUAGGCAUCUAUUAUUGUCAUUUAUUCAGUUGUUUAAAUCAUAGUUGUAAUGGUUCCUUGCUAAAUCGGAUGCGAAUAUUGUAAAUUUUAUUCAGAUUAAAAGCACAAUAUUUCUAUUGAUAAUAUAUUCGUAAUUAUAAUGGAAUACAAAAGUUUCUCGGUUAAGAGAUUCUAUGGAGAUACUAUUAGACAGAAAUAAAUAAUAGUUUAUACUAAAUUGUGCAAGAGUUCUAUUCUAAAGAUGGGAAAUGUUAGUUGGUUGUUUGGAAUGCUUUGCAAGGUUACUUCAUUCGUCCACUUUACACAUCUACUUUCUCAACUCCAUUUUUAAUAAUGAACAAUAUUUCUUCUCCUAGAAAAGAAAUAACAAGUGCUGUAUUAUUGACAGGAGAUUCAUAUUUUGCUAUCGAUGUUUUUAUAGUUGUAAUCGACUUACUUUUUAGUGCCAAAUUACUUGGUUGUUUCCCAUAAAUAUCAGUAAUUAUUG